AUGGAGGUAGUAGUGGGCUGGCGACGGCCGCACCUGUCACCGCUGGGUUUGCACCAAGGAGGCGUUGGGGUGCCAACGGGACUGGGAGGAGGGGCGUUCCCGCCGGGAGGCCGUCGUCCGUCCACGGCGGACUGCGAGGAACGAUUCUUCACGCAGACGCUCGAUCACUUCCGCCACACGCCCGUGUCCGAGCAUGACGACGACAACACCUUCCAGCAGCGCUACUUCGUUUGCAGGGAGUACUGGGGGCCGACUGGCGGAGGCAGCGCUAACAGUCCUCGCGGUCAAGAAGACGGCGCAUCCACGAGCUCCAGCAGCAGCACCAGCACCAGCACCAGCAGGAGGAGAAAAAGCAACAGAGGCACUGCUGCUGAGGGAGGGGCGGGGAGGGGCGGGGAGCAAGCGGUACCGGGGGCGCCAGGGCCGAUCUUUUUUUACACCGGAAACGAGGCUGACGUGUCGCUGUACCUCGAAGCCUCGGGGCUCAUGUGGGAGAACGCCCCCGCCUUCAACGCUCUCCUCGUGUUCGCAGAGCACAGAUUCUACGGCGAGUCGCUGCCGUUCGGAGCGCCGGACAAAAGACGAGAGUUCUUGAGGCAAGCUACAGCUGGCACGCCUCAAGCUCUCGCGGACUACGCUCGUCUGGUGACGGCUCUGAAGCAAGAGUUGGGAGCGGAAGGCGCCCCCGUCAUUGCUUUCGGGGGCAGCUACGGAGGCAUGCUCGCCUCGUGGCUCAGGCUAAAGUACCCCCACAUCGUCCACGGUGCCAUCGCGGCCUCGGCGCCGGUGUUGGCCCUCGAAGGCCUGCACCGCCCAACCCCUAACCCGGAGGCGUUCGCCGAAACGGUCACGGCGGCGGCGGGGCCUGCCGGGGGCGCCGCAGAUUCGUGCGCCGCCAACCCCCGGGGAGACGGCGCCCUGGUGGAGUUGGCGUGGUGGGCAAGGGCGGCGUUCGACUACCUGGCGAUGGGCAACUUCCCGUACGCGACGGGUUACAUGUUGAACUCUGGUGAGGUUGAGCUGCCGCCCUGGCCGCUCCGCGAGGCCUGCUCGUACCUCGCCGAUCCGACGUUACAGGCCGAAGACGACGAUGUGCUGCUUGGCGCUCUGGCGGAUGCUAUCGGGGUCUACUACAACGCUACCGGAGAGGUGGGGUGUUUCACGCCCGCCGCCGGUGCGAAUAACGCCUCCUCCGUCGACGCGGACAACUGGAAUUGGCAGGCGUGCACCGAGAUGUCGAUGCCGAUGUCGACCGACGGCAAGCGAGACAUGUUCUGGCGGAACGAUUGGGACCCGGUCGCGCAGGCCGCCCAGUGCAUGGAGCAGUUCGGGGUGUCCCCCGGGGAGGGCUGGGGCGCGGCGGAGUACGGGGGCUACGACGCUUGGUCGCAGGUCACGAACGUGGUGUUCAGCAACGGUCGGCUGGACCCGUGGUCGGGCAUGGGGGUCGUCGACCAGCGGCGGGCCGGCGGCGGCGUGGAGGUGAUCAUGAUGGACCAGGCGGCGCACCACCUCGACCUCUUCUUCGAGCACCCCCUUGACCCCCAAGACGUCCUCGACGCCAGGAGGGUGGAGAUGGACUUUGUCGAACGCUGGGUGGACAUGGCGUACGGGGCGUAUUACGGUGGUGGCGGUGGCGGUGGCGAUACGUCUGUUGGUGGCGGUGGCGGCGAUGGUGGAGACGGGUCCGGUUCAGUUGCAGCUGCUGCCAAGAAGGACUCGAGCGCCCGCGGGGAGUUGGCUCCGCCGUCCUGGCUGGAGCGCUUGCCUUCGGUGGCAGCUGAUUGGUAG